AUGGAUACCUUGAAACAAGAUUAUAUCGGUAAAACUAUAAGACCGCGUUCACAUUCCCUGUGUUCUUUACAAAGUGAAGAGAAUGCCUUAGAUCAGAAGUUAUACAGGAAUACGUGUUUGCACCGCACGUAUAGUGAUUCUUCUAUAGAAUUCUGUAUGCAUUCCGACACAGAAGAAUACAAACCUCUCGAUAGUGGUAUUUGUGAUCGGAUGUCUGAUGCCGAUAUGUUCGCUGUGUUGGAGCAGAAGAUUGAUCGGCUAAGCGAUAUGUUCCUAGACCAGUGCCGGCUAUUAAACGUUAUGAAGGACGAAAUUCGCAGCUCUAAGAUUAUUAUUCGGCAGAGCCAAAACGUUCACAAUUCUGUUGUCGUUGAUGUGAUGAAGAAAGUUGUCUCAAAGAAAUUAUACAGAAAUACGUGUUUGCACCGCACGUAUAGUGAUUCUUCUAUAGAGUUCUGUAUGCAUUCCGACACAGAAGAAUACAAACCUCUCGAUAGUGGCAUUUGUGAUCGGAUGUCUGAUGCCGAUAUGUUCGCUGUGUUGGAGCAGAAGAUUGAUCGGCUAAGCGAUAUGUUCCUAGACCAGUGCCGGCUAUUAAACGUUAUGAAGGACGAAAUCCGCAGCUCUAAGAUGAUUAUUCGGCAGAGUGAAAAUGUUCACAAUUCUGUUGUCGUUGAUGUGAUGAAGAAAGUUAUGUCUCAAAGGGCCAAAGAAGUCGGUUUUCCGGAAGAAUCAAACGAAGAAGAUAGUAAUGUCAUGAAUUGCCGCGCUAAAAGUCUUCUGAACGCCAUCGAGACACGCAAAGAAGUAUCCCUGGAUAAUGAGAUCAAGGAAAACCUGAUUAGUUUCUUGCAAAGCGAGGAGCUGAAAGACCAAAUGGUGCGCACAACAGCGGAGUCAGUCCGCAGCAUGAUCGGAGGGUGCUUCAGCCGUGACAUGUCAACGCUGUACUUGCCCAUACUGGACCGCUCACAUCGACGUCUCAUUUCGCACAUACACAAGAUCAUUGAGCAGGCUUUUCUUGAACAAAUGUAUUGUAACUCAAGUUCUAUGGCCACAGUUGAAGACAAGUCGUCAUCCUUGUUCAAGUCCGUGCACAAAACGUCGGGAGCUCUCCGCCGUGCCCUGGAGCGCCACCAGUGCCUGCUGGAGGCUGCCUGCGAUCCUGACAAGAAUAUCGUUAGUACAUUGCAGUGUACAGUUGAAGAACUCCUCCAAGAUGAGCUAAAAGACUGGCGUCAGAAGGUCUUCGACAUAUUCUCUACGCAAAUCCACACUGAAGCUCUCCCAGAACAAGAGAUGGUGCCGCCGAUUGACUACAUUCCUGUAAGCACGCCGCAACCUGCUGACCCCGAAGUGUCUGCCAUCGAUCAGCUGAUGCAGACAGCACUAAUAAACAAGCUGAUUCAAUCCGGUGACAUGAACGGCUCGUUCGAGCGCGCUCUCUCUGCCGCUGACUUGUCUCUGGUGAUGGCUGCCUGCAGGGCUGCUGACCCCGACCUGGUGUUCGCGGUGCCCUGCAAGCUCGAGCAGUACGUACUGCUGUCGUUGAUACAGCAGUUGGCAACUGAUAUGCUACAUGAGACGCAACUGAAAUGCAGAUAUCUGGAAGAUGCUAUAAUACAUUUAAACACUGCAGACCCGGACACUCGUGCGCAUCUUCCACUGGUCGUCGGAGAAGUUCGCAAACACCUGUCAAAAUUUCUUACUGAGUAUCCACACCAUGUUGCAAAUAGAAGAAUCACUCUGAUAGUUAUGGCUGCUAAUAACUUGCUUAAAUAA